ACCAAUUUACAACCCUAAAGUAACACAAUAAACAAUUGAAUCAGGUGUAGCAUUUGGUUUGCACAGCUUCCCUGAUUCUCUUAUCAAUGGCGGAUCUGAAAUCAACGUUCCUCGAUGUUUACUCUACUCUCAAGUCUGACUUGCUUCAAGAUCCUUCCUUUGAAUUCACCCACGAGUCUCGUCAAUGGCUUGAACGGAUGCUUGACUACAAUGUACGCGGCGGUGAGAGGAGCCUCUCUCUCUCAGACAUUUCAUCAAAACUUAAUCAACUGACAUCAAACACGUGUGUUCUGUUCUGUUCUGUUCUGUUCUGUUCUGCAGGGAAGCUUAAUCGUGGUCUCUCCGUGGUUGAUAGCUACAAGCUCUUGAAGCAAGGUAAAGAAUUGACAGAUAAAGAGACUUUCCUCGCAUGUGCUCUUGGUUGGUGUAUUGAAUGGCUUCAAGCUUAUUUCCUUGUGCUUGAUGACAUAAUGGACAACUCUGUCACACGCCGUGGCCAGCCUUGUUGGUUCAGACAGCCAAAGGUUGGUAUGAUUGCUAUAAACGAUGGGAUUCUACUUCGUAAUCAUAUUCACAGGAUUCUCAAAAAGCACUUUAAGGGAAUGCCUUACUAUGUUGACCUCGUUGAUUUGUUUAAUGAGGUAGAGUUUCAAACAGCUUGUGGACAGAUGAUUGAUUUGAUCACUACCUUUGAUGGAGAAAAAGAUUUGUCCAAGUACUCCUUGCAAAUCCAUAGGCGUAUUGUCCAGUACAAAACAGCUUAUUACUCAUUUUAUCUUCCUGUUGCUUGUGCAUUGCUUAUGGCGGGAGAAAAUUUGGAAAGCCAUACUGGUGUGAAGGAUGUUCUUAUUGACAUGGGAAUUUACUUUCAAGUACAGGAUGAUUAUCUGGACUGCUUUGCUGAUCCCGAGACACUUGGCAAGAUAGGGACAGACAUAGAGGAUUUCAAAUGCUCCUGGUUGGUGGUUAAGGCAUUGGAACGCUGCAGUGAAGAACAGACUAAGAUACUAUAUGAGAACUAUGGUAAAAGUGAGCCAUCAAACGUUGCUAAGGUGAAAGCUCUCUACAAAGAGAUUGAUCUCGAGGCUGUGUUCAUGGAAUAUGAGAGGGAAAGCUAUGAGAAGCUGACAAAGUUGAUCGAAGCUCACCAGAGUAAAGAAAUUCAAGCAGUGCUAAAAUCUUUCCUGGCUAAGAUCUACAAGAGGCAGAAGUAGAGACAUACUCUGGCCUCUCUCCGAUUUAUUCUUCUGACAUUAUUGUAUUGUUUCAUGACUUCUUUAGCUCUUUGAUCUUUUGUUCCCCCUUCCAGAUAUCUGAAUUUGAGAUUCUUGUUGAUGCUUAUAGUGUAGACUAAUAAAAUGUCUAUGUUUCUUCAA